GAAGCGAUUGUCAUCAAGACAAAUCUUUAAAAAUCUACAAGUCAUUUAAUCAAAGUUGAUCAUAUUUAAGUAAAAUGGAAGAAAUCGGUAUUUCAUUACCCGAUAAGGACGAGGUUACUGACUCAAAAAUUGUUAAGGAAACAACGCAAUCUUUGGAAGAUUUAGACACAGAAGAUUUAUAUACCAAAUAUAAAAAACUCCAACGUAUGCUUGAAUUUCUCGAAGUUCAAGAAGAGUACAUAAAAGAUGAACAAAGAAACCUCAAAAAAGAAUAUCUCCAUGCCCAAGAAGAAGUUAAGCGUAUACAAUCUGUUCCUUUAGUCAUAGGCCAAUUCUUAGAAGCAGUAGAUCAAAACACAGGCAUUGUUGGCAGUACAACAGGAUCCAAUUACUAUGUACGCAUUUUGUCUACGAUUGAUAGGGAACUUCUUAAACCAUCUGCAAGUGUAGCUUUACACAAACACAGUAAUGCAUUAGUCGAUGUGCUGCCUCCAGAGGCAGACAGUUCAAUUUCUAUGUUGCAAGCUGAUGAAAAACCAGAUGUACAAUACAGUGAUAUUGGUGGAAUGGAUAUGCAGAAACAAGAAAUUCGUGAAGCUGUAGAACUGCCAUUAACACACUUCGAAUUGUACAAACAGAUUGGUAUAGAACCACCAAGAGGGGUUUUGAUGUACGGACCACCCGGUUGUGGUAAAACUAUGUUAGCCAAGGCAGUUGCACAUCACACUACCGCAGCCUUUAUCAGAGUAGUUGGAUCUGAAUUCGUACAGAAGUACCUUGGUGAAGGUCCUCGCAUGGUGAGAGAUGUAUUUCGUCUAGCUAAAGAAAAUAGUCCUGCUAUAAUUUUUAUUGAUGAAAUUGAUGCUAUUGCCACAAAACGUUUUGAUGCGCAAACUGGUGCUGAUAGAGAAGUUCAACGUAUUCUUUUGGAGUUGCUGAAUCAGAUGGAUGGUUUUGAUCAGACUACUAACGUUAAAGUAAUAAUGGCUACAAACAGAGCUGAUACAUUGGAUCCUGCUUUAUUGAGACCGGGAAGAUUGGACCGAAAGAUCGAGUUUCCACUACCUGAUAGAAGGCAAAAGCGUUUAGUUUUCUCAACAAUCACAGCUAAAAUGAAUCUCUCAGAGGAAGUUGAUUUAGAGGAUUAUGUAGCAAGACCUGAUCGUAUUUCGGGCGCUGAUAUCAAUGCUAUUUGCCAAGAAGCUGGUAUGCAUGCUGUCCGAGAAAAUAGGUAUAUUGUUCUGGCUAAAGAUUUUGAGAAAGGUUACAAAAAUAACAUAAAGAAAGAUGAGAGUGAACAUGAUUUCUAUAAAUAG